GAAGAGGAAUUUCAUGGAUUUGAUGAUGAAGAUGCCGAUGAAGAAAAUAUUGGUUUAGAUGAUGAUAGCAUAAGUGAAGGUGAUUUCGAUAGUGACAAGGUUGAAGAACCAACCAGUGCUGAAGAGACAAUGGCAUUAUUAAAAGCAGCUAAAGAGAAAAAGAAGUCUAAAGAGGUGAAACCAAAAGAGAAGAAAAGUAAGAAGGAAAAAGUUGAAAGAUAUAUUUCUCCCGAUGAUGAAAGACUGAUGAAAAGAGAUGAAGAUGAUAUGAAGUAUUAUGCAAAAAAGUUGGGAUUGAAGAGUACGAAAGUGAAAGAUAGCAAAGGUGAUGGAUUAGAUGAUAUACUUGAUGGCUUGGACUUUUUGGAUAAUUAUGGUUCUGGUGCUGAAAAUUAUGAAAGUGAAGGGGGUGAGGAUUUAGAAGACAUUGAAGAAGAGGAAGAGGAAGAACAAGUCGAAAAUGAUGAUGAAGAUGAUGAAGAUGCUGAAGCACCAAAGGAAAACCCAUAUGUUGCACCAGUUCAAGCAACUUCCAAGUAUAUCCCACCAGCUUUACGUCAACGUUUACAAGCUGGUGAUUCUGAAGAAAUCUUGCGUAUCAAAAAAUCCAUUAAAGGUCCAUUAAACAAACUUUCUGAAGCUAAUGCAAUGACUAUUAUUAAUCAGAUCAAUUCAGUAUAUUCUGAGAAUCCACGUCAAUUAGUUACUGAAUGUUUGACUACUGUUGUUUUGGAAAGUAUUAUUCAACAAGCAUCAUUAUUGGAUCAAUUUGUUAUCCUUCAUGCUGGGUUAGCUGCUUCUAUUUACAGAUUACAAGGUGUUGAAUUUGGGGCACAUUUCAUACAAACUUUAGUUGAGAAAUAUGAAUCAUUUUAUAAUGAAGGUCGUUCUAAAGAAGCUGGUAAUUUAAUUUCAUUAUUGACUGCAUGUUAUUCAUUCCAAGUUGUUAGUUCAAAAUUAUUGUACAAUUUGAUUGAAAAAUUAAUUGAAGAAACAUCAGAAAUAAAUUCUGAAUUGUUGUUAAGAUUAGUUAAAAACGCAGGCCAACAAAUGAGAAAUGAUGAUCCUAAUGCCUUGAAGGAGAUUAUCAUUACAUUACAAAAAAAUAUUGCAAAUCAAGAGAUUAAUGCCAGAACAAGAUUUUUAGUGGAUACUAUUACAAAUUUGAAGAAUAACAAGACAAAAUUCAACAAUGAAGUUGCUAUGCAAUUGGUUACAAGAAUGAAGAAAGUUUUAGCCACUAUCAACAAUAAUAAGUUCCAUGAUCCAUUACACGUUUCAUUAGAUGAUAUCCAUAAUAUCAAGACUAAAGGUAAAUGGUGGUUAGUUGGUUCAGCAUGGAAAGGUAACAAUGCUGCUGAUCAGAAGGAUGAAGUCUUGGUGAAUGAAGAUGAAAUGAAUGAUAUUUUGGAUAACGCAGAACCAAAUUGGAUGGAGUUGGCUAGAUCUCAAAGAAUGAAUACAGAUAUUAGAAGAGCUAUUUUCAUUAGUAUCAUGUCUUCACAAGAUUUCAUUGAUGCUUUCACAAAAUUGGAUAAGUUGAAAUUGAAAAAGUCUCAAGAACGUGAAAUUCCAAAGAUUUUAUUACAUUGUGUUUCUAUAGAAAAAGUUUCCAAUCCUUACUACAGUUUCUUGGCCAAUAAACUAUGUUCAUCUCAUAGUUUAAGAAAGACAUUACAAUUUUGUUUCUGGGAUUUCAUAAGAGAACUUGAAGGUGAUGAAGAUGAUCAAGACGAUGAAGAUUAUUUCAAAAACUUGAAUAGUGAUCUAGUUGGUGAAGAUGAUGACUUCCAAUUGCAAAGAGUUGUUAAUGUUGGUAAAUUCUUUGGUUAUUUAGUUGCUGAAGGUACAUUACCUUUGCAUUCCUUAAAGAAUAUCAACUUUUUGACAUUAAAUUCAGAUUCAAGUUUGUUUAUUGAAGUUUUGAUGAUUUCAUUUUUUGAUAAUAUUGGUAAGAAAUCAGAAGUUUCAACAUUCGGUGCUGGGUCUAAAAAAUCUAAAGCUAGUGAUUUAAAAUUCCAAGAUAAUUUGUUGGUGAGUGUAUUGGCCAAAUGUGAGACUCAAAAGGCCAUGAUGAGAGGGUUGCAAUACUUUUUGCAAGAGAAAGUCAAGAGUAGUGAUAUCAUCAGUGGAAGAAAACAAAAGAGAAGGGUUGACUGGGGUGUUGACUGUUUCUGUGACAUAGCAGAUGAGUUUUUAAAAUAG